UGCUACAAGGGUUAUCCUUUCUUGGGUUUCUUUGACCCGAGUCUCUUUUUCUUGAUGUACCAAUAAUUCUCUUUUUUAAUAUCAUACUAUUGUUAUCCUUAUUGGGUUUCUUCUCUUUUGUUGUUUUUCGUAAGAGAGAGAGAUUCUCCAAACAAAGUGGGUAUUUGGCUUUCCCUUUCUGUUAUUUUUCAGUUUGUACUUAAUUCUCUAUACAAAAAAAAAAAAAAGAAACAGAACACUGUUUGAUGUCUUUGGCCAUUGCAGUGUUUUCAAGUUCCAAAAGCAACAAAAUGGGUUUUGAUGAUAACGACAAUGAAGCUGUGGAGAAAACCAGUGUGAAUGAAGAAACAAAGAGAAUAUCAGAAAAGGGUCAGGAUGAAGAAACUAGUGUGGAGGAAUCAACCGGGAUGACCAGAACAAUGAGUGAGAGUUCCAUAUAUGCAACUGAGGAUGAUGAAGAUGAUGAGGCUAAGAAAAUUGAGUUGGGCCCACAGUUCACUCUCAAGGAACAACUCGAAAAGGAUAAGGAUGAUGAGAGUUUGAGGAGAUGGAAGGAACAGCUUCUUGGAAGUGUGGACAUGAAUUCUGUUGGAGAAACUCUCGAGCCAGAAGUUAAGAUCCUGAGCCUUGCAAUUAAAUCCCCCAGUAGACCGGACAUUUUCCUUACAAUUCCUGAGAAUGGAACUCCUAAAGGCUCAUGGUUUACUUUGAAGGAAGGUAGCCGUUACAGCCUGUUGUUCACUUUACAAGUCUGCAACAACAUUGUUUCAGGUCUCAAAUACACUAACACGGUCUGGAAAACUGGUGUCAAAGUUGAUAACACAAAGGAAAUGCUUGGAACUUUUAGUCCUCAGUCCGAGCCUUACACAUACGAGAUGCCUGAAGACACAACCCCAUCUGGCAUCUUUGCUAGAGGAUCAUAUUCAGCUAGAAGCAAGUUUAUCGACGACGACAAGAAAUGCUACUUGGAGAUCAAUUACACGUUCGAUAUUCGGAAAGACUGGCAAUCACCCUAAACUUUGUGUGAGACUACUCUUGUAGUCCAUUGUUCUUUCUUGCUAGCUUAGAUUUGUCCAUUGUUUUCCGAGCGGAAAUCUGAAUCAGUUUUAUUGCGUCUCAUUUUCCUCCAUCUUAGUUAUCUACAUUGUGCCUGGGACUGGUCAGCUGAGCGAUGAUGAGUGUAUGGUUAACAGGAAAAGACAACUAGAAUGCAAAAGGAUAUUCACUUGGUAGCUACUUGUUAAUAAAGAUUGGAUUUUUGCU